AUGACCCUCACUGAUAACCAGAGGUCACCUUCGAGCAAGUUUCCAGAACCUCCCCUCGUUGAGGUGUCUGAACUGACGGUGGAGCUCGAGGCAUGGGAAGACGACCUCCUAAUUCUGUCCGGUGACGAAGCUGGCGACAUCGGCGAAAUUCGUGAGGUUGUCGCCCCGACUGCCUUGCCGAUGGAUCCUCUCGAGCUUCCCGAUGUUUCUGCGGAAUUCAGCGGUUCGUUGAAUCAAGACGGUCUCGAAACGCCGUCGUCUGCAAUGCUCUUCUCGCCGUUUUUGCCCGGCGAGGACGGACUGACGGCGGAGGGCGAGGGGUUUCUGGAUGGACUGGCGCCACUGAGUGCUUUUCACGAGAGCGAAGAAUCGCCUCUUGCCGUCCCGAGUGACGAUCUCGACGAGCUGGAUGCGAUUCUCUUCCCAACCCUGCCUAUCAGCAUCGCCAGCAGCAGUAACCUCAGCAGCCCCGCCGCUCUCCCGCCGCCGCAGCAGUGUCACCCCUUCCACCAUCGCGAGCACCCGCGUUACAAGCACAAGCACAAGUACAAAAGCAAGUAUAAGCACGCUCACUCGCUCAAGCAGAAACACGGCCAGAAACUUCGCGAGGCCCCAGUUUUCCGGCGCGACAGCGCGGCUGCGCGCCGAGCGUUGGAUCGCCUGCUGACGGACGGCGGGAUCUAUGGCAAGCGAGCUCGCAGCGCGCGUGGGACAACUCGAGGCGGUUGCGAUUGCGGCCAUGACGGGAGGAAGAACGAGGGCGGCGCGGGAGAGGCGGCGCUGGAGGUUCGCGAGGUUGUCGAAGUCGGCGAGAUUGGCGAAAUUUGCGUCGUUGGAGACUGCGAACGUCGCCGAAGCGAAAGCAGACCGUUCAGCGUGAAGCGCGAAGGAGGAGUGGCGGAGACGCUCAAGUUCGAUCGAUUGGAACUGGUUGAGUCGACGCUGAAGCCGGUGGUUGAUCGCACAGGCGAACCGAGGAACGCUGCGACUGGUGCGACCGCUGCGAACGUAGUGGAUGUUCCAAACGCCGCGAACGUCGCGGAUGUUACGACCGGCGUGAUCGGUGCAGCGAACGGAGCGAAUGGUGCAAACGAUGCUCCUGGUGCAACGAGCGGCGUUGACGGGCGAAGCAACGGCGGUGCCACCAGCGGCGCAGAAGAUCAUCUUGCGAGUCGACACCCCGUCGACGGCAGCGCUGCUGUCGUGUCGCCAAGCAACGAAAAGACCGCUGAAUGUCAUUGCCGCGUUGAAGAAGGUGCAAUUUGCGCAGGCAGGAACGAGGACAGAAAGGGGGCGAAUAAUAAGCGCCCAUGGUCUUCCCCCCUCGUUGCGUACCUCCUCUCCCCGCCUUCCCCUCGCCCCGCGAAGCGCCGAAGCCUCCCCGUCAUCCCCGCGCCAUCGCCAAUUUCGCAGGGGAAUUCACCCGGUGGUUUCCUUUCGCCGGGGAUGGAGACGAGUGUUUUCAGGCUGCACGCUGCCGCCACCUCCUCCGCAUUCGCUGCUACUCCUGCUCCCUCCGCCGCUUCCGCUGACGCGCCUGCUUCUCCUGGCGCUGCUGCCGCCGGCGCGUUCCCCUCGCGGCGGUGCUCACACUGCUCGACGACCACCACCCCGCAGUGGCGCACGGGGCCGCUGGGCGCGAAGACGCUCUGCAACGCGUGCGGCGUGCGCUUCAAGUCCGGGCGCCUGUGCCCCGAGUAUCGCCCCGCCAACAGCCCUGGGUUCUCGCCGAAGCUGCACUCGAACCUGCACCGGAAGAUCGUGCAGAUGCGGGAACGGCGCAGCGGGGAGGGUGGUGAGGGGGGUUGUAGCGCUGAAGACGGGGUUGAGGCAGGGGAGCUUAGGAGGAGGGAGGUUCAGGGUUUAAGGAAAAUUAAGAAGGUGAAGGAGUGUGUUGAGGGAGGGACGGUAGAGGGAGGGCAAGGGAGAAGUGGAAACGGGGGUGUAGCAGUAGCGCAGGAGAAGAUUCAGGAGAGGGUUCAGGAGAAGGUUCAGGAGAAAGCUCAGGAUCAGGAGAAAGUGCAGGAGAGGGUUCAGGAGGGGUUGGAUGAGGAGGUUGUUGUCAUAAGCCCUGCCAUACAACCUGCAAUGAGCCCGUUGAGUGGUUGUGGGAAGAAGCAUCGUAAGCCACCGCGAUUCGCGCAUCCUCGUGCCUACGCCCUUGCAUUUUCCCCCUCUCCAUCUCGGUGUGCGCACAUGGCGGGGGUCAGUUCCCCCGAGGACCGCAUGCGCCACCUCGUUGCGCGGGACCCUUCCGCGGCCUUCGUUCCGCCGUCGCUCGCCUCUUCCGCCUCCGCCACCUUGCGCUGCCCGCAAUGCGCCGCGCCGAUAUCCGUCCCGCAGCCUACCACCCGCGCAACAGGCGCGGAUGGCGCAGCAGUAGGCGCCCCAGGCCUUGGGGGAGCUUCCGCGCGGACAGGGGGAGGCGGAGGGAUGAGCGGAGGGGGUUGGCGCAUGGCGCCCUUCAUGCGGGAUAGCCUUGCCACGCUCGGCACGGCCAUGGGAGGAACCAUCGCGUCCGUGUAUGCAUUCAACGCAGGUACUGCCAUGUCAUGCCAUGCCAUGCCAAGGCUCCCCUUUAUAACCUUUGCAUUUGCUUACCUGAAAAGAGUGUGA